AUGGAGAAGUCCCCCCGUCGAUUCCUGUUCAUCGCCUCCAUUGGCAACAUUCAAGCUCCUUACCGCCAUACGCGCCAUAGCGCCGGCCAUCUUCUCCUCGAUGCCGUAACCCCCCUCCUCCCCGCGCGGCUAGCGCCCGCACCCUUCUACACAAGCUGGUACAGCCCGGCCUACAUGAACGAGUCCGGGCCCAGACUCGUCCGCCAGCUCCAGAAAUGGGCCGCCAAGCAAGGCGAGACCGUGCGCCUGCAGACAGCCCCGAUGGUCCCGCCGUACCCAACCACACUGGUGAUUCUGCACGACGAGUUGGAGGCGCCGCUGGGCAAAAUCCGGGUCAAGCGCGGAGGGCCCGAACAGGCGAGUUUGCGUGGGCAUCGCGGGCUGAUUAGUGUGCUCGAGACUCUGCGUCUGAAGAGGAUGUAUCCCUCGGCGCGGGAGGGUGGCCGGCGUCCUCGUCAGGAUGCUCCGCCGAUGGACUUGUCGAUCCUGCGUGUUGGCGUGGGGAUUGGUCGGCCUCCGACCCGUGAGAAGGGCGCGGUGGCCGACUAUGUCCUGGAGGGUAUGAGCGAUGCCGAGCUGGCGGCUGUGCAUCGUGCUGCGGCUCCGGUGGUGGAGCUGCUGGCCGAGGAGUUAUACCGGGAGGACAGCGGGGGGUUAUGA